AUGUUCACUUCAGUGAAGGCCUUCGAGGGGCAGCAGUACUCCACCCUGAAGAGGCAGUGCCUGCAGAGCGGCCUGCUCUUCGAGGACCCCCGCUUCCCGGCCAUCGACGACUCGCUCUUUAUUCACGGCAACAGGAUCGGACGCGUGGUGUGGAAGAGACCUCGGGUCAUCCCAGACUGGAAGGAGCAGGAGUGGGACACGGAGAAGCCGGAAUCGUACGCCGGGAUUUUCCACUUCCGCUUCUGGCGCUGCGAGUGGGUGGACGUGUCGAUCGACGACCGGCUGCCGACGGUGGACAACCAGCUGGUCUACUGCCACUCCAACGACAGCAAUGAGUUCUGGAGCGCCCUGGUGGAGAAGGCCUAUGCCAAGGUGUAUGGCUGCUACGAGGCUUUGGACGGGGGAAACACAGCCGACGCUCUGGUGGACUUCACCGGGGGCGUCUCGGAGCCCGUGGACCUGCUGGAGGGUCAGAUGGCGACGGACGACAGUCGCCGCAACCAAAUGUUUGAACGAGUUCUCAAAGUCCACAACAGGGACGGCCUCAUCAGCUGCUCCAUCAGGGCCACCACGAUCGAGGACAUGGAGGCGAGGCUGGACUGCGGCCUGGUCAAAGGUCACGCGUACGCCGUGACCGACGUCAGGAAAGUGCGUCUGGGUCACGGUCUGCUGGCCUUCUUCAAGUCGGAGAAGCUGCAGAUGAUCCGCAUGAGGAACCCGUGGGGGGAGAAGGAGUGGAGCGGCCCGUGGAGCGACAGUUCAGAGGAGUGGAACAAAGUGAGCAAGAGCGAGAGGGAGAAGCUGGGAGUCACGGUGCAGGACGACGGCGAGUUCUGGAUGACGUUCGACGACUUCUGCCAGUACUUCACCGACUUGAUCCUGUGUCGCCUCAUCAACACGUCCUACUUGAGCAUCCACAAAACCUGGGAGGAGGAGGUGAUGAAGGGCUCCUGGACCCAUCGCCAGGACCCCCUCCGCAACCGGUCCGGGGGCUGCAUCAAUCAGAAGGCCACCUUCCUGCAGAACCCUCAGUAUGUGUUUGAUGUGAAGAAGGUGGAGGACGAGGUGUUGAUCUGCUUACAGCAAAAAGAAAAGAGAGCAACACCCAAAGAGGGGAAAGGGGAGAACCUCGCCAUCGGCUUCGAUAUUCACCGGGUGGAGCUCAAUCGGAAGUACCGUAUGCACUCGGCCCAGCAGAAAGUAGCGGGCUCCAUCUACAUCAACUCGCGCUGCGUCUUCCUCAGGAAGGAGCUGAAGGAGGGCCGCUACGUCAUCAUCCCCACGACCUUUGACCCGGCGCAGCAGAGCGACUUCCUCCUGCGUGUCUUCACUGAUGUGCCUUCAGACUGCAAAGAGCUGACCCUGGACGACCCUCCUCAGACGUGUUGGACGGGGAUGUGCGGCUACCCUCAGCUGGUCACUCAGGUCCAUGUACUGAACGCCGAGGGCCUGCAGGGGCCGGAAUGUUUCCUUCCUCCUGCAGCUGUGGAUCCGUACGUGAUCAUCACCUGUGAGGGGGAGAGGGUUCGAUCUCCGGUUCACAAGGACACACGGUGCCCGAGCUUCGACAUCAAAGGCCUGUUCUACCGCAAGAAACCUAAAGAGGGCAUCCACAUCGAGAUCUACAACAAGAACAUGAUCGUGGACACCUUCCUGGGUCAGGUCAUCAUGUUCAGCGACCCCAACGAGCGGCAGGAGCAGCACACGCUUCACCUCCGCGACAAGGGCAACCGGCAGGACAACGACCUCCCGGGCACGCUCACCGUGCGCCUCAUCACCUCCACAACGCUCAUCAGCAUCUGA